UUGGGGUCUAAAAUGAAAUUUUCUGUUCGUAUUUAUAUAAGAUUAUAUAGGUUACCUGUAGGGACGCUCGGUUCCCCAUCCGACUUCCCUUCACCUUCCUUGAUUUGCUUAUCCGAAAUCUCGCGCUCGAAGGUUUCUCCCAGAUACGACUUUGUAGAUCUUCUACCCAUUGCUAUGGGCUCAAGAUUAAGUUUUAUGCUUCUGAUGCUGGCAGUUAGCUUAGUCUCUGUAAAUGGCAGAAAUGGGGUUAUCUUCAAUGAUUUAGUUGCAGUUCUCCAAAAGGAUAGUGGAGUAGAAAGUCAAAGUGAUGUCAGAAGAAACCAAAAAUUUUGCACACUUUGUGAAGAUUAUGCUUCCCAGGCUUUAAACUACAUUGGCAACAAUGAAACUCAAAGUGAGAUUCUUAGUAGACUUAACAGAGUAUGCUCUCGUUUUCAUUUUUAUGAGAAAGAGUGCAAUUCAUUGGUAGAUCAGUAUGUGUCAUUUGUUUUCCUGGAGGUUUCAAGAAUAACUCCUGAGCAAUUAUGUGAAAAAGUGAAUCUCUGUGGGGAGGAGACUGGUCUUUUGAAACUGCCAAAGCAAGAGAAUACCUGCAACCUUUGCCAUAUUGUUGUUGUACAGACUCUUAUCAAGUUGAAAGAUCCGGAUACUCAGCUUGAUGUGGCAGACAUUCUUCUUAAGAUAUGCAGUUCAUUGGGAAAUUAUGGUCCACAGUGCCAGAUGUUGGUCUUCAAAUUUCUCCCGCAAAUCCUGAUCGAUGUCCAGACAUUUCUCGAGACAACAGACAUCUGCACUGCCAUACACGUUUGUGAAGACAAUGAACAUAGCACUGGAUCAAUGAUUGCUGAUGCUUGAUCAAUGCAAUAAACCAACACUAGAUCCAUGAUUGUUGAUGUUUGAUCAAUGCAAUAAGCCGUAUAAUCACGUAUUUUAUGAUUGAUUAUGUUGGUGCCUAAUAAAUUUCAUGCAACUCCUUUUCUGCCUGCGAUUAAACUUGAUGAAUUAGAUUCAGUUCGUAGUCA